AGAUUCCAAAAUAUCCCAAACAUUUAUUUCUUCAGACACCCACUCGUGUGCCCCUUCUCCCUCCAUUAAUGCUUCUCCUUCUUUCACAAUUCACAUUCUUCUUAUUUCUCUAAAUUUAUUUAUUUAUUCAUCAAUUUCAAUUAUAUAUAUACACAUAGAAAUACAUAUAUAAAUUAAAAUAUUAUUUCUCACUAUUAUCCAAUUCAAUGGCUUAUUUACUCUUCUUCUUCAUCUUCUUCAUCUUUCUCUACCUUCUCAGAAAACUCCGUUACGGUAGACUCCGGCUGCCGCCGGGGAGUCUCGGCUUACCGUUCAUCGGAGAAACGUUACAGAUGAUAUCAGCCUACAAGACUGAUAAUCCAGAGCCUUUUCUCGACCAGCGAGUCAGCCGGUAUGGUUCAGUCUUCACCAGCCAUGUUUUUGGUGAACCGACGGUUUUCUCGACUGAUCCGGAAACGAACCGGUUCAUUCUCACGAACGAGAAGGUUUUUGAAUGUAGCUACCCCGGUUCGAUAUCGAACCUUCUUGGAAAACACUCGCUGCUUCUCAUGAAAGGCUCUCUUCACAAGAAAAUGCAUUCUCUUACCAUGAGUUUUGCUAAUUCGUCCAUCAUUAAAGAUCAUCUUCUUUGUGAUAUAGACCGGCUCAUCCGGCUCAAUAUGGAUUCUUGGUCCGACCGGGUUCUUCUCAUGGAGGAAGCUAAGAAGAUAACAUUUGAGUUGACAGUGAAACAGUUGAUGAGUUUUGAUCCAGAUGAAUGGACAGAGAGUUUAAGGAAAGAGUACAUGCUUGUAAUUGAAGGCUUUUUCACUAUUCCUUUUCCUCUUCUCUCUCCCACCUACCGCAGAGCAAUCAAGGCAAGAACCAAGGUGGCAGAGGCACUGACAGUAGUUGUGAGGAAUAGGAGAAAAGAGUUUGAGACAGAGAAAGAGAAAAAGAAUGACAUGCUUGGAGCAUUGUUGGCAUCAGGUGAACAAUUCUCAGACGAGGAAAUUGUUGAUUUCAUGUUGGCUUUGCUUGUAGCUGGAUAUGAAACUACUUCUACUAUAAUGACUCUUGCCAUCAAGUUUCUCAGUGAGACUCCUUUAGCAUUGGCACAGCUCAAGGAAGAGCAUGAACAAAUCAGAGCAAGGAGUGAGCCAGGGGCAGCACUGGAAUGGACAGAUUACAAAUCAAUGGCAUUUUCUCAAUGUGUUGUGAAUGAGACCUUAAGGGUGGCAAACAUCAUCGGUGCGAUAUUUAGGAGAACAAUAACAGAUAUCGACAUAAAAGGUUACACUAUUCCAAAGGGAUGGACCGUGAUUGCAUCGUUUCGUGCUGUGCAUUUGAAUCUUGAAUAUUUCAAAGAUGCUCGCACCUUCAAUCCAUGGAGAUGGCAGAGUAACAAUAACUCAGAAGCUGUAGCAACCCCUGGAAAUGUAUUUACACCAUUUGGAGGAGGACCAAGGUUGUGCCCUGGCUAUGAACUUGCCAGAGUUGUUCUUUCUGUCUUCCUUCACCGCUUUGUCACUCGCUUCAGUUGGGUUCCUGCUGAAGAAGAUAAGUUGGUGUUUUUCCCAACUACUAGGACACAGAAGAGGUAUCCUAUUAUAUUGAAGCGGAGAGAAGAAUCAAGAUCAAAAAUGGGAAAUGGGAACACAGAAGAAACAGACAGGAAAAAAGAGAGCUGAGAGUAUAGAUUAGUUUAAGCAGAUCAUGUUCAUUCCAUAUAUAAAAUAAUGAGUAAUAAAAAAAGUUCUGCUAGUUUAGAAUUUUAUAUAGGAUUUUAAUCAAUUUUCAUAGUUAUGUUUCAAAGCAAAUAAAGUUUAGCAGAAUUUUGACACAGUUAAACUAUGUCCAAUGGUAAGUAUAUGUUCAAUUAUUUAUUGCUUUCUUAACGAAUGUUCCAAUCGGGAAUAAAAUGAACAGUUAGAAAAAUUAGCCAUUUCAACU